UGAGAAGGUGAAGUUGACUGAAACAGAUGUCCCAAGCUUACUCUCAUAUCGAACCAGAGAAAGUCUGGACACCUCCUAAUUCCUUAAGAACGGAUUCUGUAGAGGAGCAGAUACAUAUUAUAUAAGGUACUUCUAAAAACUUAAGAGCAGAAAGUCGAGAUGACGGCCAUCGAGAGCAAAGAGGAGAUCAGUGACACUGACAGCGGGAUUAUUGUGCACUCUGGUCCAGACAGCCCUACGUCCCCGGUGAAGGAGCUGACCACCCACACCAGAGCCCUGAAGCUGAAGCACCAGUCUCUGGAGGAGCGUCUGGAGCUCUGCCUGCUGGAGCUCAGGAAGCUCUGCAUCCGGGAGGCAGAGCUGACUGGGAAACUGCCCUCAGACUAUCCUGUGAUGCCCGAUGAGAAGCUACCCCGGGUCAGGAGGAGGAUUGGAGCUUCAUUUAAGCUUGACGAAGGUCUGAUCCAUCUGGAUAAACAGGAUUCAGAGCUGCAAGUGCUGGAAACUGACUUGGCUCUUCAGCGGCAGAUUUAUGAGGCGGCCCGCAAACUCUCCCUGGAGGAGAAUCUCAGUAAACCACAGAAGAAGAGCAGGCUGCAGCAGUGCAAGAGGGUAGAGAAGAAGGUGAAGGAUCUGCAGGAGGCCGUGUUCCAGCACAGGAUUAAGAGCGAGUGCAACUCACCGUGCAUCAGCAUCUCAAACAACCAAAACAGAGAUCUGUGCAUGUCUGAUGACAGUUCCCUGUCUGAUGUGGUUGCCCUGGAUGAUGAUGUGGACUCGCCCGGCCCUCUCUCUCCUCCAGUGUUGGGCACUUCCUGUUCAGACCCCCUCCAGCUGUCAGCCACAACCCUUCAGUCGUCCCAGCAGUCAUCAAGCCAGCUCAGUGUGGAGUAUGAGCGCUCUCCUAUCCAGAACUCUCCGUGGAAAGAGUCCAGUCUGGAUCAGCCUUACCAGAAGGCCACAAACCCCCAGUCUGCUAGUAGCAGCAGGUCCAGGUAGGAGUCUGAAGUGUAAUAACCACCCAUCGACUACACAACUGCACUGGGUAGAGUGUGUUAAAUCGCGGCUCUGCGUCAGAACCACUCCACCAGCGCCCCCUCCACCCCAGAGCUGCACGUACGCCGACAGUACUCCCAGUCCUUCAGACUUCCCAAAAGUAAGCCACCUGCUGACAAGGAGCGCCUCAGCUCCGAGAACAAUCAAGGGCGAGCCAGGCUGCCGCAGCGACACUGCAUGGCUGACUUCAUGGUGCGUUCUCCAGAGUACUCUCCUUUGCGCCCUUACCAGUCCAGCUCGGAGGACAGCAGCUCAGAGCACUCGUCCUCCUCCUACAUUAGCUCUCCUGGCAGGGACGGACCCACUGAGAUCCCAAAGCUCUGCCCGCCGCCUUACGGAUUCCACUUGGGAGCACAAAAGAAAGGGCUCUCCAACUUCGCCAGCUCACACAAGAACAUCAACCAGUCCCAGCCCAGUCCUGGCUACGUCAGGCCAAUGGCAGAAGAUUGCCCCCUCUCCCCUCAAGACCUGGACAUGGGAAAGUGCUUCCUUUCCUCCCCUCCUGUGGCACACAGCCCUCGGCAAAGACAGUGGCAGGAGGGAGCGUUGUCCCCUCGGGGAAUCCUAAAGCCCCCUCCGCCUUACACCAGGCUGGUGCGAACGCCCUCGCUGAAGGAGUAUCCGAACCACGCCAUCAGGCUGAUGCCCAGGGACAUCGUGUCGGAGGAGUUGAAGUCCUGGCAUCAGAGGAAUCAGCUGCAGAAGUUUCGGCCAGGCUGCGUUGAUCAGCAGAGCUACCGGAGUGUCAAGAGCCCCACUUCACCUCAUCUGCCUCCAUUUAAACAGGGUUUGGGUAAUGUGAUUCUCCAGAGAGCUGCAGACGGGACUCCAGUCCAGUGGUUCGUUGCAGAGGAUGCUGAAAUCGUGAGCCAGGUGUAACUGAACCCUCUACUGCUCUGCAGUAUGUUCAGUAGGAUUAUUCCUCUCUUCCUUAUCUCUGUAUUUAUUACGGCUUUUGACUCUCUGUGAGAUUGUAUGUUGACGUGAGAAGAUGAGCACAUUUCUCUCUCGUCUUUUAAUUUAAAACUUAAUGUAAGGUGGUAUGCCACUUUUAUUUAUUUUAAAUUGUUUUCCAAUAGGUGUUUCUAAACUUUCUGAGGUGAAUUUAGGUUCAUAUGAAACAGAUUUAGAACGCAUUUGCUGUAGUUUCAAGAACGUAUUUGUGUCUGGCACAUAAUUUGCACAUGAAAUUCAUCUACAGUAGUUUUCAAAGAGGUUUCUCCAUUCCUAGUAUAAUUUUUUAUGUUAUACUAUUUUUUAUCUGUUAAUGAAGACUUAUAACUAAAAUGUUGAUACACCUUUGAAAAUGCAUUGCUCUUCUAUAUAUAUAUAUAUAUAUAGGUAAGAUUUAACAUCUAGCCAUGACGUGAAGUGAGCUGAAUCUUAACGUUUGCUACUAACUCUUAAUAAUUAAUCACUGAUGCCUUAAACGGCGGUUUGAUGAAUGUUUUCACUGCAGUAUGGAGUUUUCUUACUAACCAAGUGAUUGUAUCAGUUUUGAUAUGUUUUGUAUAUUUAUAAUAAAAAAUUACAGCUGUGA